AGAUUCCCUGGCGAGCGCGCAUCUUUCAGAGCGUUUUACCACGCGCCGUGACCGAAUUUACAGUUCGGCAAAUAACUGCUAAAUUCCACUUAUUGGUUCAAGGAGUCAAAAAACAUUUCUGUCGAUUUCCUUCUCCAAUUUUUUUUUUUCCAACAGCGAGCGCGGCGAUCGUUCAGCAGCUCACAUGCCAUCUGGUGCCAAAAACUUGGCAGCUUUUGACAAUUCGCUUCUUCAUCCUGCGUGCCAGAGCGCCGCGUGAAACCGAUUUUUUUCUUCUUUUUAUUUUUCCCUUUUGGGCUUCCUGCGUGCUAGUUUAUUUCGGUGAAACAGUUUGGAACGAAUCUCCGAACCCUCCAUCAGCGCAGGUCCGGCUCUCACGGGAGAACCACAAGCCUGCAGCUGGGCUUCCUUGCGUAAAGAGAGAGAGAGAGAGAGGGAGGGAGAGAGAGACAGAGAGAGAGAGAGGGAGAGAGAGAGAGACGGAGGGGGACUAGACUCGCCACUUCACCGCAUUUACGCGCAUCCACGCGCCGAUCUGCGGCCGCGCCGCUGCGCCACCAGGACUAAUUUGAUGAGGAGAACUUUGAAACUCUUUGCAUCCACGGAAUCCACGUGCUGCGUGGAGGAAAACCCGCAACUUUUUAUCAUCCGGGGGCAGUGAAGUUAUUGCGUCUUGUUUUUGGGACACAAAGGAAGUAGAAUAAGAACAGGAGAUUCUGUGUGCGAAGAAAGAGGUCACUGUAUGCCAAGGCAAUUACCUUCCUCGUCGAGGGCCCUGCCAAUAUUCUGCGUAGAGGAGAGUGAAAGAGGGGUGCCAAUUAUCCAGCGUCUGUGGUAAGCCUCCCUGAUCAUCAUUCGCCAACCCUGUUCUUCAACGUUAAAGUCAUUAACCUGGAUUUAUCGCACUUUUAGGUCCCAAUCAAGAACAAGAAGAAAAAAUAAAUAAGAGCAACACAACAAAAUGCAGAUCGUGACUCUUUUUCAACCCGGGGCUUGACUGCUCUUGUCGUCUGCUGAGACACACUGUCAGACCUGUGUGGAGAGAACCCUGAGGGGAUUUGACAUUUCAGCAUUUCUGUCUUUUUAAAAAUUUAACUCCUCUUCUGGCCUCACCGAGCGUUAGAAAGGAGGAUGGGUUGCGGCACCCUGGCCAUCCUGGCACUCCUGCUUCCCUUGUGGGUCAAAGGCUGCUGGGGGUCGAACCUUAGCUCUGGAGGACUGGACAAUUCGGUCCCGGACUCAUGGGACGCCCUGCACAGGCACAAACGCAGCUGGGUGUGGAACCAGUUCUUCGUAUUGGAAGAGUACACAGGCAACGAUCCGCUGUAUGUUGGCAAGCUACACUCAGAUGUGGACAAAGGUGAUGGAAAGGUGAAAUAUGUGCUAUCUGGUGAGGGCGCCGCCUCCAUCUUUACCAUCGAUGAGAAUACAGGAGACAUCCACGCCACAAAGCGCCUCGAUCGGGAGGCGCAGGCCUACUAUACCCUUCAAGCACAAGCUGUAGACCGACUCACCAAUUUGCCUGUAGAACCUAAGUCUGAAUUCGUGGUCAAGGUUCAGGACAUCAACGACAAUGAGCCCAAGUUUGUUGAUGGCCCAUACAUGGCAGGAGUACCGGAGAUGUCACCAUUAGGAACCAUGGUAGUGCAAGUGGCAGCAACAGACGCAGAUGACCCAACAUACGGAAACAGUGCCAGGGUGGUUUACAGCAUCGUGCAUGGACAGCCGUACUUCUCAGUGGAGCCCAAGACGGGUGUCAUCAGAACAGCUUUGCCCAACAUGGACCGAGAGACGAGGGACCAGUACGUGCUGGUCAUCCAGGCCAAAGACAUGGUUGGCCAGAUGGGCGGACUCUCUGGUACCACCUCCGUCACUGUCACGCUGACCGACGUCAACGACAACCCACCGCGGUUCACCCACAAGAGCUAUCAGUACACUGUGCUGGAGUCGCUGCCUGUGCAAUCCGUGGUCGCCAGAAUCAAAGCCGCUGAUGCUGAUAUUGGCUCCAAUGCGGAAAUGGACUACAGGAUCAUGGACGGCGAUGGGCCUGGCGUAUUUAACAUUACAACAGAUGAGGACACGCAAGAGGGGGUCAUCAUCCUUCUAAAGCCUUUAGACUUCGAAACAAAGAGCAGCUUUUCUCUGAGAAUCGAAGCCACAAACAGGAAUAUUGACUCCAACUUCUUGAGCUUGGGCCCAUUUAGCGACACGGUGCCUGUCAGGGUGACGGUGGAAGAUGUGAACGAGCCGCCCAUCUUUUCCACGCCAUUUACUAAGAUGGUAGUUUUGGAGGAUGCCAAAGUGGGCACUUCAAUUGGGAGAGUCUUUGCCCACGAUCCAGACAACUCCAACAGCGCAAUCAGGUAUUCCAUCGACAGAAACACGGAUUUGGAGCGCUUCUUUAACGUUGAUGCGCUAAGUGGGAUCAUCAGCACAGCGAAACUGCUAGACCGAGAGGCCAACUCGGUCCAUAACCUCACCAUCUUUGCCAUCGAGAGCCAGGACCCAACACAAAUUGGAAAAGGUGUUGCUUUUGUCGUGGUGCUGGACAUAAAUGACAACGCCCCAGUCUUUGCCAUCGACUAUGAGACCCUACUCUGUGAAAACACACCGCCAGGACAGGUGAUCCAGACCAUCAGUGCGGUAGAUAAGGAUGAACCUCCUAGUGGCCAUCGGUUCUAUUUUGGUCUGACUGCACCAGUCGCUGGAAAUCUCAACUUCACUCUGCGAGACAACAAAGACAACACGGCAUCCAUACUAACAAAGCGAGGUGGUUUCCGCAGACGUGAACAGCCUGUGUAUCGGCUGCCUGUGCUGAUUGUGGACAGCGGAAGUCCUGCCCUUAGCAGCACCAACACGCUGUCGGUGCGCGUGUGUGAAUGUGACUCUGACGGCGUGGCCCUGUCAUGUGGCGCUGUGGCAUAUUCGGCAACAGGUCUGAGCACCGGUGCGCUUCUGGCUAUUUUGGGCUGCAUCAUCACACUUCUGGUGAUGGUCCUGCUCAUUGUCACAAUGCGUCGGAGAAGGAAGGAGCCUCUGAUCCUGGAAGAGGAGAGGGAUAUCAGAGAGAACAUCGUCCGAUAUGACGACGAGGGCGGCGGAGAGGAAGACACCGAGGCCUUCGACAUGGUUGCACUUCGCAACCUAAACGUCAUCAGAGACCCCAACGUGCGGCGAGAUGUGACACCGGACACGCCUACCUUCUUUCAUUACCCAUCAGCGACACGCCCAUCAUACAAAUCCCUGCCAGACAAUAUGGUGUUCCGGGAGUUUAUUUGGGAUCGACUUAAAGACGCCGACGUGGACCCGUCCGCUCCGCCGUAUGACUCUCUGCAGACUUAUGCGUUUGAAGGCAGCGGCUCGGUGGCCGAGUCACUAAGCUCACUGGAGUCACUAAGUACAGACUCAGAUCAGAACUACGACUAUCUCAGCAACUGGGGACCUCGUUUCAAAAAGCUGGCUGACUUGUAUGGCAACAACGACGGCACCGUCGUCUUCUCGUAGCCCCUGAUCGCCACUCUUAACAUUUCCCAGAUGUUUAAAAUGAAAGUAAUUUGUUGUCUGAGAAAAUGAUUUUGUCAGAGCAUUGAAGGAGACGAUUCAAAGACAACAAAAGAGAGAUUAAAAGAAAACCAGUUUGGACUUCAAAGGUUUGAGUUUGUUUACCUCCUUGUAUGGAUCUUCUAAAGCGCGCCGUGGUGAGUUUUGACACCAACUUCAAAAGUGACCUGACUACGGAGGAAACUUUGUGUGCAAAAGACAUUAAAGGUUUCAGACUUGAAGCUUUGCACUGACGGUUGGCUGCAGAAUGCAAAUGCGUCAGAGCAUUUUUAUGGGGAAGCAUUUCAUUCCAGUGACGGGCACAGGCCCCGCCCUCUUGCUUUGAUGCAUUCCUUUUGCUAUAUUUGUGCUAAAAAAAAAAUCUCAUGAAACGCUGUAUCCCUAACGGGUAAGUGAUUAGAAAGUUUGUUGUCUUUUUUGUUGUUUUUUUUUUGUUCCACAGACCCGCAUCAUUCCUCGACUCAAUUAUCAAUCACGACACUAUAUGAGGAGUGCGAACCCCAUAUGCCGUAUAAACAAGUGCUUAAGUUAUCAUGCUAAGGAAGCGGUGUGGUGGUGUAAUAAUAGAAGAGAAUGACACUGCUGUCAGUUUGAUGUCUCUACUGGGUGAAACAGGACGGCAUAUAAUUUAUUUUUUUUCAUCCUAACAAUACAUUUGCAGAUGUUGCAAUGUACUAUUUGUCUGUUUUCCUUCCGCCUUUCUAUUGCCAAGUACAAUAUAUGAUUUCCGAGCUAUAAAAAUGUCACUUUAUUUGUGUGUGUGUGUGUGUAGGGGGGGGGAAUCAGAAAGCUUUGCCGAUUGCAAGCUUCACUCCGCCGAGACUCUACAAAAUUUAAAAAAUAAAAAAAGUUAUUGAAGUGACGGUUCUUAACUGGGUGAAGUUGCAGUUUGUAAGUAAGUGAAUUUUGCUUCUGUACUUUGCAGAGUCCAACAUAUAUUGUCAUUCUGGAUUGUGUUUGGCAGAAUGGACUCUAUAAUCUUCACGGUUUGUUUAGUGACGGUAAACAGCCACACUGUAUGAUAAUCAUAAUUGUGCAGAUUUUUUUUUUCCUCUUCAGCUUAAAUAAUUUAUGUUUCACUUGAGUGUCGACAUGUACAACUGAUAUGUAUUAUCUAUUUUGACCAGGCAGAAUUGUGCAGCUGAUGUUUUUAUCCCUUUGCUGAAAAAUAAAGUUGACAUUCAAAUCCUU